UAGGUUAAAUUUUCCUUCUGCAGGCGUCUGCAGCACCGAUAUUUCCAUCGAAAACAACAGGGAAAUAAAGUGAUUGUUUUUGCAUUUAUUGGAUAAUUCAUCAAUCUGGUUAUCAUGGUGCUGUUGGGAGAGAAAUUCCCGAAUUUCGAUGCUAAUACGAACGUGGGGAAGAUCAAUCUCCAUGAGUGGCUGGGGAACUCAUGGGGAAUACUAUUCUCUCAUCCACAUGAUUUCACGCCAGUCUGCACUACUGAAUUGGCAAGAGUUGUCAAGCUGAUGCCAGAAUUUCAGAGACUCGGUGUCAAACCCAUUGCUUUGUCCUGUAAUUCAGUGGAUUCACACGUUGAAUGGAUCAAGGACAUCAAGAGUUAUGCUCGUGUCUCCAUGGAUGGUUUCCCCUACCCCAUAAUUGAAGAUGAAUCUCGUAAGAUUGCCACAAGCCUCGGUAUGCUGGACUCCGAUGAGAAAGAUCAGAAUGGAAUUCCCCUUUCUGCCAGAGCUGUCUUCAUCAUUGAUCCAACGAAGAAGAUGAGACUCUCGAUUCUGUAUCCUGCCACCACUGGACGAAAUUUCAACGAAAUCAUCAGAGUUAUCGAGUCCCUGCAAUUGACUGAUCAGUACAAAGUUGCAACUCCUGUUGAUUGGAAGAAGGGGGAAGACGUAAUGGUGCAGCCAACAGUCAGCGACGAGGAAGCCAAGAAGACCUACGCCGACAGUCUCAAGACAAUAAAACUGCCCUCAGGAAAGCCCUACCUCCGAAUAGUGCCCCACCCCUGUGACCUGACGAUGUGAUCAUCAAGGCCGUCUCAUUCCACUGAAAAACUUAUUAAAAAUCCCUCAAUACCAAUGUGACCCUAGGAUAAAACUCCCAACUAUUGUUUACAGAAUAAACUCAACUAUUUUUACUAAUCAACAAAAUAAAUGACUUUUCAAAUAA